AUGGACAAGUUCAACUGGCUAUUCGGCGUAGACCGGUUCACGCUCUAUAAAACUUGGACGCACCAGUCUAGCGUGGUGUACCGCUUCACGACAUGGACGAACAUGACCGCUUAUUUGUCCUCUUAUAUACUGCCCACGAAAGAAAAUGUCAUCUUUUUGCGGGUCCAGAAGCCCAGCUUCAGCAGUUCCUACGACGCGCUCAAAGCCGCUGGGCUCGAGCUUGACCCAGAUGCACGGACCGGUUUGGCUAAUACGCUUGCUGGUAUGUUGGGUCAGAAACUCGCCUUUUGGGAAACGACGGCAGGAUCCGAUAUCAAAACGUUCUGUCGCGACCACCUCGACCACAUAGCUAUUGCCAUGGAGGAAAUUGGGCACUUGCGUCUUUUCCUCAUUGUGUGGGAACCAGAUCACGAGAAGAAGGCCACAUUGGAAGGACUCAAAGAGUUUGCAAUAGAGAACUUCAAGGCGCAGCUUACGCAAGCGGAGUGGGAGCAGGCAAUGAGGGCCUCCUUCAAGGCAGUGGCAAAAGCGAGCCUGCUGGCUGGCUUCGAAAGUGACUGA